AUGUCUAGGAACCCAUGUAUUGGGUCUGAUUUGGUGGCCGAUGUUGUUGCGGAUCGUGUGCGUGCUCAGCCAUUGACACGGCCCACUAACGUCGUUUUUGGUUUGAAAAAUGAUUACGACAUGCAUAUUACUUACCGUGUUGCUUGGCUUGGUGUUGAGAAAGCGGGGAGUGAAGUAUAUGAUGACCACGUUAUGUCCUUCGAUCAGCUUAGAUGGUACAGUGAUGCUGUGAUGGAAAAUAACCCAAACGGCUAUAUCAACCUUGAUUUUCAGCAGCAAACCGGAAGAUUUGUUUGGUAUUUCAUAUCAUUUCGCACUUACAUAAAUGGAUUCAAGCAUUGUCGCCCAUUGUUAUUUCUUGACGAUACUUUUCUCAAGGGCCGGUUCAAGGGGAAUUUACUUGCGGCUACUGCGAUGGAUGGAAACCAAGGUUUGUUCCCAGUCGCGUUUGCCAUUGUUGAUUCUGAAAACGCAGCAAAUUGGGAGUGGUUUCUUCGACAAUUGUCAGAGGUUGUUGAUCAUGGUCGAAAUUUGACAUUUGUUUCCGAUCGUCACAUUGGGUUGUUACAAUCCAUGUCAAAAUUUUUUCUAUUGGCACAUCAUGCGUUUUGCCUCAUACAUCUUCAAAUGAAUUUGAGAGACCGAAUGAAAUACGUUAAUGCCAAGCAGAAGUUAGGACUGAUGCGCAAGUUACGCGAAUGUGCGUACGUACCCACCGUCACUUCCUUCAACCUGAAAAUUGAGGUCUUGAAAUUGUGUAGUCCGGUUGUUGUUGGGGAGUUUCUGAAAGAUUUGGAUCCAAAACAUUGGGCCAAUACGCACUUCGGUGGUAGGCGGUAUGGGGAGAUGUCGUCAAACGCUGCCGAGUCGUUCAAUAACUGGAUUCGCGAAGCGCGCCACCUUCCUAUUAUGCAGUUGGUUGAUGCUAUUAGGGGUCAAACUAUGGAGCAAAUGUUGAAGCGUCAGGUGAAAGGUAACAAAUGGGUUGGCCAACUUUGUCCAAAGAUAGAGAAGAAGUUGGAAGCCGAAUACAAAACUAGCAAGCCAUGGAUUGUGAAAAGGUUUCCGUGUUCACACGCAGUGGUCUCAUUUCAGAAUAGCGGGAGAAAUAUAUAUGAUUCCAUUGAACCUUAUUACCAUGUUUCCGAGUUCAAGGCAUCAUAUUCUGAGUCCAUUCACUCUAUUCCAACAGUUGAGAAACCCAUCGCCACGCCCAUUGAUUACCUCAUAGCACCACCCGUUGUUAAGCGUUCAUCUGGGAGGCCAAAGCGGAAGAGGAUUCCAUCUAGGGGGGAGGUGGUGCAACGUAUUCGGUGUGGACGAUGUGGGAAGAUGGGCAACCACAACAUGAAGACAUUCAAGGAACCGAUUUAG